AUGGCUGUCGCUCGCCGUACGGAGCUCCCAUGGCUGCCUUCAAUGGCUGUCACUCACCAUACACCACUUCCAUGGCUGCUUACCACCACCUACACUCCUCGUCGUACGGAACCCUCCACUACCCCCCCACAACAACCACCACACCACCUUGAAUUUUCGUCCGCCAUCGAGGACCGCCUUGAGGCCGCCUUGGCCAAACUUGAUGCCGCUACACGCCGCCUCGACUCUCAACUGGACGCCCUUCUCCUUAAACUGCCUCUGAGAAUCAGCCACCACCUUCCAUCUUCUUCCUUUGCGCAAUCACCACUGUCGCCUCUGCUUUCCAUACCGACUCGGCCUCCAUGCUCCGCAACCAUACAACCAAGUCCUGCACCGUUACCGCCUCUGCCGUCGCCUCCGCCGUUGCCUCCGACGCUGACUCUGCCACCGCCUCCACCACUUCCGCUGUUGCCUUUGCCGCUCAAGCCAACUCCAUCACCCAGGCUCAUCGCACCCACGACUGUGCCACCUCCGCCAGCCACGAUGCCUCCACCGCCCCCUACGCCACCAUUUCCGCCUUUGGUACCCCUACAGUCGCAGCCCACGCAAGACCUUGCCAGACCCGCUUCCUAUGCCGGUUCUUCAGCUGUCCGGUCUCGUUCGCACCACCAUUUCCUUCAACAAGCUCUUCACCAUCGUUCCUCCUUAUGGGGCUGCCAUGGCCGCAUACAAGCUCCCAUCAGUGGUCGUUGCAUUAUGCACAACUACUAA